UGACGCACCGGGAGAGGAGGUGGGCCGGCUUAGAUGCCGGGGAGUUGCGGGAGAGUCUAGCUUGCCUUUCCGGAGGUGGCUGCGUCGGCGAUGGCUGCUUUGUCCGGUCCGGUCCUUCGGCCGCGCCGCGGCGGCUGCUCCGUCCACUGGUUCCGACGGGGGUUGCGUCUUCACGACAACCCUGCUUUGCAGGCGGCUAUCCGAGAAGCGACCUCCGUGCGUUGCAUCUACAUCUUGGACCCCUGGUUCGCUGCGUCCUCCGCGGUGGGCAUCAACCGCUGGCGGUUUUUGCUCCAGUCUCUGGAAGAUUUGGACAACAGUUUAAGAAAACUUAAUUCCCGUUUAUUUGUAGUACGAGGGCAGCCAACUGAUGUUUUUCCAAGACUCUUUAAAGAAUGGGGGGUGACCCAUCUCACUUUUGAAUAUGACUCAGAGCCUUUUGGAAAAGAGAGAGAUGCAGCUAUAGUGAAAUUGGCUAAGGAAGCAGGAGUAGAAGUGACAACAGAGAAUUCACAUACCCUUUAUGACCUAGAUAGGAUCAUUGAGCUGAAUGGACACAAGCCACCCCUCACUUACAAACGUUUUCAGGCCAUCAUUAGUCGCAUGGACCUGCCAAAAAAGCCAGUCAGUACCAUAACAAGCCAACAAAUGGAGAUGUGCAAGACCGAGAUCCAAGAGAACCACGAUGAAACCUAUGGAGUGCCAUCUCUAGAGGAACUAGGCUUUCCCACUGAGGGACUUGCUCCAGCUGUUUGGCAGGGAGGGGAGACUGAAGCCUUAACUCGUCUGGAUAAGCAUUUGGAAAGAAAGGCAUGGGUUGCAAACUAUGAACGACCAAGGAUGAAUGCCAAUUCGUUAUUGGCCAGCCCCACAGGGUUGAGUCCCUAUCUUCGAUUUGGCUGCUUGUCUUGUCGCUUAUUCUAUUAUCGACUUUGGGAACUUUACAAAAAGGUGAAGCAGAACAACACUCCACCUCUGUCGCUCUAUGGCCAGUUACUCUGGAGGGAAUUUUUUUACACAGCUGCCACAAAUAAUCCUAAAUUUGAUCGCAUGGAUGGAAAUCCUAUUUGCAUCCAGAUCCCUUGGGACAGGAAUCCUGAAGCCUUGGCAAAAUGGGCAGAAGGCAAGACAGGUUUCCCUUGGAUUGAUGCAAUUAUGACUCAACUGAGACAGGAAGGUUGGAUUCACCAUCUGGCCCGGCAUGCUGUAGCCUGCUUUCUAACCAGAGGUGACCUUUGGAUCAGCUGGGAAUCUGGAGUGAGGGUAUUUGAUGAGCUGCUUCUGGAUGCAGAUUUCAGUGUGAAUGCAGGUAGCUGGAUGUGGCUUUCCUGCAGCGCUUUCUUCCAGCAGUUUUUUCACUGCUACUGUCCCGUUGGGUUUGGGCGUCGUACAGAUCCCAGUGGUGACUACAUUAGGCGGUAUCUACCCCAAUUGAAAGGUUUUCCAUCACGCUAUAUCUACGAGCCCUGGAAUGCCCCCGAUUCAGUUCAAAAGGCAGCAAAAUGUAUAAUUGGGGUAGACUAUCCCAAACCCAUGGUGAACCACGCAGAGACGAGUCGACUAAACAUUGAACGCAUGAAGCAGAUUUAUCAGCAGCUCUCACGCUACAGAGGCCUUUGUUUAUUGGCCUCUGUCCCAUCCUGUAUAGAGGACUUCAGUAAUAUAACCACAGACCUUUCUUCAGCCCAUGGAAGCUGCAGCAAUACAAUAUUAAGGCAGUCCCAGUGUACUUCUCCAAAAAGGAAAUGUUAUACUGGAGAAGAAAACAGUGAAGAGCUCCACAAAAGGGCAAGGAUGAUGAUACAUCAGGGAUCAAAGAACUCACAACAAGAACUUUUGCAAACUGAAUUUGGAAACUAAUGAGACAAAAAUAAUGUCACAGAAUGGCUAAUGGAGUAGGGAAGCAUUUUCGUAAGAAGAAUCAUAAGACCAAACAGCAAUUCCACUUGUUGAGCAUGUGAAUGCACAAUACACAAGGACUCUAAAUCUCUAAUGAAAGAGGCAGUGAACAAGUUUUGUCAAUAAACACAAUCUCAGUGAACAAAUACGUGCCUUUCGUGAGAUUAGGGAAUUGGUUAAGGAAAAUCUGGAGCUAAAACUUGCUCAUUUGCAAGUUUAUUCAAGGUACUGCAGAUGGUAUAUCUUUUUUUUUUUUUUGCUUCAUUUAGCACAUCCUUAUUUCUUCUGUUGUCAUUGUUUAUUAGGAAGAACUUGGAUGAACCACGCAAAAUAGUUCAUGGUGUUCCUAGUAAUUCCAUUUAAACACUCCAUGCAACCACUAAACAUGUAUAUAGAUAGUAUUAUAGAUGGAAUCACAUCUGUAAAAAUAUCAUUAAACCAGCUUUUAUUGCUUCUAUAAAGGCAUAGUACUGGAACAACAGUGACCAAUUUGAAGGUACUAAAAUAGUAAAUUUAAUGUUUACUAGAGUGUUUACCUUCCAAUCAUAUUAUUCUGAAAUAAAAAAAGAUAUACUGAACACCUAUAGUCAUGUGAAAAAGAAAGUACAUUAUCUUUAAGUUCUAUGGUUUUAUGUCUCGGGACAUAAUAAAAAUCACCUGGUCCUUAGCAGUUCUUAAAAAUAGGUAAAUACUAUCUCAGAUGAACAACAACACAUGACAUUACACCAUGUCAUCAUUUAUUUUACAAAAAGAAAGCCCAAAUGAAGAAGACAUGUGAAAAACUAAGUGCACCUUAUGAUUCAAUAGCUUAUAGAGCCACCUUUAACAGCAGUACGAUCUACCCGUAGAGAUCCGGACCCUUUCCACUCUUUCGGCCUUCCCAAAAGCCACUAAA